CGAAGAAGAAGCGGAAGAAAAGAAGCACAAUAGUGGAAGAAUCGAGAAAGGAAAAAAUCGAAUCAAACCCAGAGCCCACUGCGAUCGGAACGGAAAGAGGAGAAAGAGCGUCGUCGUCUUGCACAGAGCACCGAGUGAGAAGAAGAUCGCUCCCGUAGCCCGCGUGUGGCCGCCUUUGUGCGUGUGUGUUAUCAGCAGUGCCGACGGGCGGCGCGCGGUGGCACUUCCCCAGCGGGUGUAGGUGCAACGGUAGUACACCCCGACGGAGACCGGUGAAGAAAUCCGAUCGAAAUGGGUUGUGCAGUGAGCAGAGAUAAGGAAGCCAUCGAGCGGUCCAAAAACAUUGACCGUGCGCUGCGGGCCGAUGGCGAACGUGCGGCCAGCGAGGUGAAGCUGCUGCUGUUAGGAGCGGGCGAAUCGGGCAAAUCGACGAUUGUUAAACAGAUGAAGAUCAUCCACGAAACGGGCUACUCACAGGAAGAGUGCGAACAGUACCGGCCGGUCGUGUACAGCAACACCAUUCAAAGCCUGAUGGCGAUCAUCCGGGCGAUGGGCCAGCUGCGGAUCGACUUUGCGGACCCGAGCAAAACGGAUAUCGCGCGCCAGUUCUUCACAUAUGCGUCCGCCACCGAGGAGGGCGAGUUGACGCCCGAACUGGUGGCGCUGAUGAAGAAGCUCUGGACCGACCCCGGUGUCCAGCUGUGCUUUUCGCGAUCGCGCGAAUAUCAACUCAACGAUUCGGCCGCCUACUAUCUCAACUCGCUCGAUCGCAUUUCGCAGCCGAACUACAUCCCAACGCAGCAGGAUGUGCUGCGGACGCGCGUCAAGACGACGGGCAUCGUCGAAACACACUUUAGCUUUAAGUCCAUACAUUUCAAGAUGUUUGACGUCGGCGGUCAACGAUCGGAGCGUAAGAAAUGGAUCCACUGCUUCGAGGGUGUAACGGCCAUCAUUUUCUGCGUUGCGUUGUCAGGAUACGACUUGGUGCUGGCCGAAGACGAAGAAAUGAAUCGGAUGAUCGAAUCGAUGAAACUGUUCGAUUCGAUAUGCAACUCAAAGUGGUUCGUUGAAACGUCCAUCAUCCUGUUUCUGAACAAGAAGGAUCUUUUUGAGGAGAAGAUUGUUCGAUCCCCGCUGACGAUCUGCUUCCCGGAGUACACGGGCUCCAACACGUAUGAGGAAGCAUCCAGCUACAUUCGGAUGAAGUUUGAGAACCUCAAUAGACGAAAAGAUCAGAAAGAGAUCUACACCCACCUAACGUGCGCCACCGAUACCAGCAACAUACAGUUCGUGUUCGAUGCCGUGUCGGAUGUGAUCAUUAAGAAUAAUCUUAAGGAUUGUGGGCUUUUCUAAGGAGGACGCUGUGGACGGUGAACUGUUGUUCGGCUACAUUCAAGAGACGGACAAAAUAUUAAGAAAAUAUUACCUACUUAUUUCUAGCUCGAUAAUUAUGAUUAGUGUAACGGCGAAGUUGCUUUUGUUUCCGUGCUACCAUAGCGUUGUCGGAUGAUAACUACAUGCACAAACGUAACGCUAACUUGCUUUUCUUGCUUCCUCGUGGUGAGGUUGGCGCCAAAGCAAGAUCCAUUGAUCGUGAACCUCUGUGGAAUUCAAACGUAAAGUGGCACAGUGCCACGAGAGUGAAUGCCUCCCCAGGGUGUGGUAGUAGUGCCUAAGUUAGCGUUUAACGGCUGUCACUGAAUAUUCAGCGAAAAUAAUUUAAAUCAGUUAUUUUUUGUCUACCUGCAAAGCGCCAACGUAGGCUUCUUCAAGGAAAGCUUUGGAACUUUUAUCGCUCCCGUUGACAUGUCAUGUAUGGACAAGAAAGAAAGCUAACCACUGUUCGUCCUAGAAGCAUCCUUGAUGUGCUUCACUGAUUAGCGGGUAGUUUAGGUAAAUGAACAUUGAAAUAUUGAUAAGCGUACAUUUCGAUUGUUAGUAGGAGAUAGGUGUCUGUGCUUACCCAACUUGUUACGAUGACACUGAAGAAGGUAUCGCUGAAAGCAUCAAGCUGACAGCCUAUCUUCUUCAACCUCUUCUGUUACGAGCUUGCGAGUGCGAAAUAGGAUAAUUAAAACAAAUAAAUCACAACAUAAAAAUGUUAACCAACCAUCAGCGGGAUGUGUAUAGGAAAAGCUUAAAGCAUAGUUCCGUCACAGUUGCUCAAGAAACUGUCCGACGAACCAAUGCUACGAUGAAUUCGAUUCGAUUGAUUGAAUUAGACAAAAUCAACAGGAAGAUGCACACAAAGCUAAGCGGAAAAAAUAGAAACUUUUGACUACUACUUUUAAGAGACUGUGUGAAUUCAAUCUUAAAGGCUGCUUUUAAACAAAAUAUCGAUUUUAUCCAGGUGCAGUUGGAAUUAUGAGCGAAUGUUCGCACAAAGCAAAUGCUUAAAGUGGCUUUACAAUUUUACCUUCUUUUUUCAGUGUUUUAAAAUUAAUAUCCUUCAUGCGACUUAGUACGCAAAACUGUUUGGAGCAUCUCUGUUUUGUUCCUCCACAUCACAGAUCUAUUUAUUCAUUUGUUGUCUUUUAAACUCCCUUCGCAUUCCACGUAAAAUCUACGACAAAUGUGACAAAUCUAUGCUGUGUUUUCGAAUCGCAUUUACGUUACUGGUCAUAUUUAGAAAGCUUAGGGUUGACUCUUAUUCGCAUGGAUUUUAAAAUUAAUCACACUCUCAACGUUUGCUCGUUAGUUAUAUAUGCUGUUUUCACUAUGAAACACGAUACUUUUACUGUAAAUUGUUAUUGAUCUUUUUGUCAACUGCCUCAAAAUGAUUUGGAGUGCAAAGUUUUAAUUUGUAUCAAUCGACCAGAAAACUAUGAAAUGUUGCUUUUUCUACGUCCGUAAAUUGAGUUUUAUGAACAAAAGAACGUGAUGCGUAAAGCUAAACAAAGUAAAACUGGCAAUGGUUUACGGAUUAGUGUAACGGAAUGAGUAGACAAUUACAGCCAAUACAGACCUGCAAUCAACGAGAGGAGCCAAGAGGACCCCGCAAGGGUGUCUACUUCUGUGUCGAAAAGAAGAGCAAAAAGGAUCAUUCCUUACAACAGGACGCACUAGGGACGCACAAGUGAAACUUGCGGCAGAAGGUGAUGCAGCAAGAUGAUAGAAAAAUUUAUUUUAUACUCCAUCAUACAUAUAUAUAUUAUAUAUUUUUGUAUAAAAUGGAAACCUGAGAGAGAGAAAACGACGAAAAAGAUAAAAGAUAGGGACUGGAAACUAGGGGCAACCCCUUGAACGAAACAAAACCAUUUUUGCAAUCAAAGGUAGACAAGAUUGAAUUAAUAGCAGAAUAAUUUCAACAUACAUUUCAACCACUAUACUCCUCUGCUGGACACAAACCGAAUCGCGUGCUGCCACGUGCUGCUUCGAUGCAAUGUCUAGAGUUUAAAACGGGUUGCUAAUACCGUAUAUCAAUUAGUCUCUCGGCGGCUUUGGUUUUGGUUCGCUUUAUGAACCUUUCUUGCCGAUGAUUCCAAGUCCAAAACAUAUAUCUCAGCAAACAGGAGCUAAAGGUUAUCGUUCAAAGUAUCACUCACCUCUUGUGACAGUUUUUAUACGAACAUUUUGCUGGAACAAACAACCAUAACGCCGGCCAUGGGUUCGAUAAGUGGAAAAUUGAUCGAAACGGUGAACGAAGUUAAUGGAUUUUGCUGAAUAGCUAAAGCGUUGUUGAUGUGUAUGUUAGAUAUAUAGGAAUAUAUGUAUAAAAAUCUAUAUAUAUAUAUCUACAAUUUAUCUGUGUAUGCAUGUGUGUUAACUAAAACAUAAUAUUGCCAACACAUACACAAACACACAUACAUGUACACAUGAUGCACCGAGAGAACACAGUACACAGUCAAACUAACAUCGAAUGUAAAACCACGUCGCUUUUUGUGGUCGUCACUGUUGAAACGAAGUUGAGUUGUGAGUUGAUGAGACGGUGUCCUUUUUAAUCACUCUCCCCGGAACGGGGACGACUUUCUGAUAACGUAGCCUAUUUACAAAUUUGGUUUUAUGGGAACCCUUUUUACGGUGGUAAAUCUAUCUGGCGCGAGCAUGUUGAUGCGUUUUUGAUGGAUACACAGUGUGAUGGGUCGCGACAAAAAAACAGAAGAAGAAGAACCUUCACAGCCGGUCGAUUAAAGCAGCCCACCAACAACGCCACACAGCGCACAAAAAGCGAACGCAUAUCUUUCGAACCCCCGAACCAUGUUUUAUGAAUUAUCCAGGUAGCCCGAGAACCGAUUGAGGACGCGAGAUAAGUUAAUGGAGAAAGGUAGAGAGAAAGAGAGCAAACAACGCUGUCAUGAUUUGAUAUAAUAUACAUUGA